AUCGAAAAGCCUGGAAGAACGCAAUCAAAAUUUGAUGCAAGAACUUGAGGCAGCCAACAAUGAAUUGGCAUGUUUGCGUGAUGAAUGUAAAGAGCAUAAAUUUGAAAAGGCCGCCUUGAAGGAGGAAAUAGGAGCAGUUAAUACGCUCUUCAGUCAAAUGGUGAUGGGUUUUAAUGGUAAAAACAAUUUAGAUAUCGAUAGACUGACAACCAUGUUGGAGGAAAAUCGUACAUUGUUAAAUGACAUGGCAACCAAGGAGUGUACGGAUGGUGCAACUUUGCCAAAAUUAUUAUUCGAAUUAGUAGAGCAGGCAACAACAGCAACAACAACGACAUCAACACAAGAUGGCAACAAAAAGACUACUACGACAUCAUUGCAACACAGUCGUAGUCCAACACCCAGUCAUGAAGCUGGAUUAGUGGCAGACGCCACUAAAUUGUGUCAUAAACCCCAGGGAGCUGCAAUGGAGGAUGACGACGAUGAGGAAGAUGAUGACGAUAAUGUUGCAGAAAAUGGAAAUGAUAAUGAAAAUAUGACAUCAUUAACAUCAAAUGUUAAACAAUUGCAACAAGAUGAAAUGCCAUCAGAAGAAACAGCAGCAGCCUCAACGACAUGUACCGACAACAAAACACCUGCUCACUCACAGCCAUCAUUGACUCAUGGGUAUGAUGAUGUUGCAAAAACUAAUACUGAUGAAAAACUUAUUGUUACGACACAGAAUAAAACCAAAAAACAUCAUCGUAAAACAGCAGCAACCAACAAUAGAAAAUCUUCAUCAGCCUCAGCUGCCCACUCAACAAUGCAACAAUUGUAUGCUGCUGAAGUUAUUGGUAAAGCGACAUCGGCUCAGGAAAUUGCUGGUAACUUACCCAAGGUCUGGCGUGUCUUAAUGGAACUCUUAAGUCAUCACAAAAUUGAUCCGGUACAAUUUGAGGAAAAUGGCAAAGGUGAAGAUUGCUAUAAGUCGGUGGAGACACCAAAUGGCCCCAAAGCCGAAUUAAGUGUUAGCAAGACGUAUAUUAAAUUGAAGGAUCUUAUAUUGGAGAAAAAGUCUUUAGUUAAAGAAACCAAUCGCCUGAAAACCUUAAACAGUCAUUUGGAUUAUCGUCUCAACGAACAAGAAAAACGCUUGAGUGCUGUUAGUUUGGAAUUGACAAAAACUUGGCAUUUGGUUGGUAAAAUGCAACGUCAACACCGUCAAUUACAUACACAAGAGCAAAUCUUACGCUAUCAGCUGCAACAAAAGCGUCGUUUGCUCAGUGAACUCAAGGAUGAGCUGGAGUAUUGUCGUCGCAAAUGGGCGGCUGCACGUGCCAAAAAUGAUGAAAGUCAAGAGCAAUGUAAUGAUUUACGACGUGAAUUUGCCAGGCGUAAAUUGGAGGAUGCCAAUAAUUCGGCUGAAAGUGGUUACAGUGAUUCGGGUGGCCCAGCUUCGGAUGAGGAAGUUGUGGUGGUAGUGGGACAAGAUGUUGUUGAUGGUGUUGCUGGAGAUGCGGAUAUUGAAGUUGAUGAUUUAGAGCAGGAGGGUGCUUUGGCAGCCAGUACAGCUGCUGGUGGUUGCGUUAAUUAUAGACGCAAACGUUUGAGGGAAAUGUUUGAACAUACUCGUAAAAUCAAACGUAUGCAAAGUACUUCGCCUGGCAGGGCUGGUAAUCCGAUGCAACCUGAAAUUGUAGUAUUGCGUUGGAAUAGUGCUCCUCCCACCUGCGGUUGGAGGGAUAGUGGUGGCUUAGAGGAAGAUGAAGACGACGAAGUAGAAGGUAUAGCUUCUUCCUCUAACACUUCCUCGGAGAGGGGAGCUAUACCAAAGGCACCCAAUAGGCCUUCUAGACGUCCUAAACGCCGCAGCGCUGAACGCUUAGAUACUGAUGAUAAACCUAUAGCUGAAGCUGAGCCUGCUGAUGACAGAGCCUGCAGAAUUCAAAAGCUUGAACAACAAUGUAAAACCUUGAUAAAACAGGUAUUGGAAACAUCCGAUAAUCGUGAGCGUUUGGAAGUGCAACUUAAACGUUUUCAAGAUGAAAUAUCUCCAGUGCAACAUGCCGUUCCUUUGGAAGAACUUAUAAAUAAGAAACGUUUCGAACGUAUGACUCGUGCUAGUUCAGUGCCAAUUACCGGUUCAGGCUCUCUAACUCCGCGGGAAGAGGAAUAUACGCGCAAACGUUCGGAACGUUUGGAAAGAUUAGAAGAAGAGAGUCGCCAAUUAAUGUCACGCAUUAAACGCACCUCUGAUAGAGGUCAUUAUUUGCGUUGCUCCUUGGAUCGUAUAAGAAGAGCUCCUCUCAGUCGUGAGGGCAGCUUAGAAAGUAAUACUGAAGACGAUGUCCGCAAGCCCGGAGAAGAGGAAGAACCAAUUUCUAGCACUGAAUCCAACUCCCAAGAUAACUCACAAUCGGAAAAUCUAAAUAAUAAACCAAGUCCUUUAACAGCCGAAGAAGAAGCCUAUACACAACGUCGUGCGGCCCGUUUGCAAAGACUUGAAGAAGAAAGCAAGCAAUUGUUAACCAAGCUCUCCAAAAAUAAUCAAAGAGGUGAUAAUAUCGGAACUAAACUUGAUACUCUACAUGAACGUUAUAAAUCUCAAGAAGAACCCACCAGUUCCAGUAGUUCUCAACAAACUCCAGCUAUAGCAACAACUUCCUCACAAUCAACGAACACUACUUCAACUCCCGGCAAAAUGUCGGUGGAACAAAGAAUUGAAAAUAUAGAGAAAAUCUCCUCUAAUCGUGAAGAACGUUUGCGCAUUUUAGAAGAAGAGGGACGCCUGCUAAUCAACAGGCUAUCGGAAACCUCCGAAAAGGGUACCAAAAUGAUCAAUAGAAUUGCUGAAAGAGAACUCAACCGCCAGAAGCGUGCCUCCUCUACCCCCAAUAGGGACAGUUCCUUAGAUAAUGAUAGCUCUACCUCAGCUAAAGUUGUAAAUGAAAAUUCUACCUCUGACGAAACGCCUGUAGCGGCAGCGCUUUUACCCACACCAAAAAAUGUGGCUUGCUCUAGUAUUGUAUCCGAGGAGCUCAAUGAAAGGGUAACCAUAACCACUAUACCAAGUCAAAUAGCCGCCCAUCAGGGUGCCAUUCCCAAAUCUAAACCCACUUUACAGUUACUGGCCGCACGUCCCAAAUCCGCUAGAUUACAGAAAUCGGAAAAUAAGACCAAUGAUAAUGCAAAUGAAUCUUUGGAAGAUAUGGUAAGACGUUUGCAAUCAUUGCCCUUCCCAGGUCAGGAACAAACAACUAAACCGGAAAUAACUGAGGAAAAAGCGAAAGAAUUUGAAAAUGAUUUAGAAGCCUCUAGCAUGAAAGAAGAUAUUGCUAGAUAUGAAGAGCAUAAAAUGCCUGAAAAUAAUGAAAAUCUUUCCGAUUCCAAAGAGUGUCCCACAAAUGCUAGUGAGCAAUUAAAAACUCUCGAGACCUCUGUAGUAACAGAAGAAGUUGCUGUUGUUACUCAAACUCCAGAAGAACUUAACUCUCCAAAUAAUUGUUCUGAACAAGAUUAAUUUUACUACGAUAAGACUUUAUUCUUCGUGUUCAAUUAUUUUUAAACUUAUUUAUUAACAUCAUGAUUUGCUGAUUGUUCAUUCGAUUUCCUCUAGGGCAUCGUUUGAAUAUAUUCUCUAUAAAACGUUCAGUUAAUAUUACAAUUUAAUUUAAUGAUAUAUUUUCAGAUUUAUUUACAUAUAUAUUUAGAUUUUUAAAUGAUUACGAUAAAUAAUUGUAACUCGUAAGAAAUAAAGGUUUCUUUCGUUUUG